AUGGCGUUCGAGAUAGUACCUACCUCAGACUUGGAUGAAGAAGAAGAGAUCAACUCACGCAAUCCGUCUUACUGGGAUCGGCACUCACCACGCCCUUCACACCCUUCUUCGACACAUCGCGCUAGCUCCCUACCACACGCUGCUGUUUAUGACGCUCGCAAACCGCUUGAACACGGCCCUUGCACUUCGGCUACACUUACUCAGUCUACUACAGUAUCCUUGGAAUGGGAUAGCAAUCACCAGUCUUCACCGAAGCCACUAGCCGCCUCGUCGGCACUCACCACUCCGCUCAAGGAUUACUCCCCUUUGGUCACACCAAGACCGUCUCAUGAGCGAGAUACUUUCAUCUCGCAGACUCCACCUACAUCGCCAACUCUUCAUCCCCCAACCCCUUGGUCCGUCAGUCCAUCGCGUCAUGCGUCUAUGGGACCAGAACACCUGUCGAUAUUUGCAGCCCAUAGCCAUGCCCCUGCGCUCUUCCACGAAACUCAUCUCCAACUUUCUCCACACCAUUCUCUUCGAGCUAGUAGUGAGGACAUCCGGGACGAUGAACUAGAACUCGCAGUAUCUCCCAAGUAUCUCGAUGUGGUCUCAGAUGUCACCGACGUCCCUCUCCCCCAACAUCGCUCAUUUGAGCAGAAGCAAGCAUCGGACCCACCGCACGUGGCCAACGCGAAUCAACCCGCUUCAAACCGAUAUGGCCUUCGAAAGCGAGAGGCUCGUCAGCUCCAGCCAUACGCUUAUGACCAACGCCUUUACAAACAUCAACUCCGCCACGCCCCGGACGCCAUAGUCAAAGCAGCUGAUCUUCAGACUCCAUCGCUUGACUUAUCGCAAUCACACCGCUCAGAAGGUGAUAUUGAAGAAUAUGAGCGGGACAACCAGUCUACAUAUGAAGACGCUCGCGCAUCUCGCCACCCAUCCGGACCACCUCCAGCGAAACGAAGGCGUACUGAUGAUGGUAGCUCUCGUUUGGAUCGUGGCCUCAAUCUAAGUUCCCGACAGGAUCGGUUCACUGGUGCCAACCAACGACAAUCAUCCUCUAUACGACAAGCCACUGCCCCAAGUACUGACGUCGUCGUGGGUAUGGGGAACAUCAAAUCAUUUGACUACGAAUUCAGCGGUGAAUCGGAUGACGGCUCUGGCCCUCCAGACACUGUCCCAAUCCAACAGCGCACCCCCUCGUCCCAGGCUGGAGGAAAGCUUGGUCAGCGCAAGCCACCUCGACCUGCUCCUUUUCCCAUCCGCCUGGAGAAACCUGCCCCUUUACCAGCUCAUCGAACACUUUCGCGAUCCGACCUCAUCCCCGACUCGGAAAACGAGCAGGAAAGUGGCUCGGACUCGGAGAACGAUCAGGAAAGUGGCUUGAACUCGGAGAACGAUCAGGAAAGUGGCUCGGACUUGGAGAGGAGUUCAUCGAACUCGGAUACAGAAGAAGAAGGUUCCCCACUCCACUCUUCUGGGAGCCCACAAUCGUCACCACCGGCGCAGGUCCAAAUUGCUGUGCGUAACACACGCCCCAUUCGGGUUUCGAAGCAGUCGAGCUCCAGAAUGAGGAAGAAGAAACCGAAACCUGAUAAGCCUAGGCCUGCUGUAACUCCUCGAAACUCCGCUCGGAAAGCACACAGCACAGAAGCCGUUACUCGACGAAGCAAGAAAAAUCGUAUUCCUCGAGAUGGGCCACCCGUUGCUCUGUUCCACCGUCGUGCGGACAGGAUAAUGUCACACAUGAAACCUCGGGCCCUCCAGACUAUUGAUCUCGAGAGUGAAGAGUUACUAUCCGCCUUGGCUCCUGUUGAUGAAAAUCACCGUCGUCACACUUCCCAUUCCCGGCUAGAGCCCAUCUAUCGUUCAAGAGCCUCACUGGACAAAGCUCGGUCUGAUAGAGAGACCGCCCAUACUAUUCCGGUUGACAAAGGCAUUCAGCGGCUCAAGGCUGGCAUACAAUUCGCUCCGGACUCAUACCUGUCGAGGGGUUGGCUUCACGAGUUGCUCUCGAUCCUUUUAGCACAGAAACCUUCUCAAGUUCCCCCUGACUGCGAACACAACGGUCAGACGCUUUCGUCGACAUCAUCUCCAGACGAUGUGCGCCGCUUUCUGGACCCGUUCUGUCAAGAUCUUCUCGCCUUUGUCACCCUCCCUGCGGAUCGUGCGGACUCCCAGGCGAUCUACUGGUCGACAGCCACUCACAGUGUUUGCCAACAUAUAUAUUCGCUGUCGAGUUCCGCCCGGACGUUGGAAGAAUUUCAGCCAUUUCUUUCACCCAUUAUGGAUGCCGUGAACUCCAUGAUGGCGCAGCUCGACUCUUGGUGGACGGAGAAGACAUUUUCUACAACCGACCACGCUGCGGCGUGUUUGCGCUGUUACUGGUUCUGCUUGGAGUCCGUACUUCGCAUCCGUUGCGCUUCGCAUCUACAGGACUACCCGGAAUCCACAUUCAUUAUCUUGAACACCCUGCUCGCCCGAUUACUGGAGUACAACUUGGAAGAAGUCAUUGCAUCGAUCCUCGCCUCUUCUCGACCGAACCCUUCAUUGCACCAUUCGGCGUUGGCGGAAAUAUGGAUCUGUCUGCUUCAUAUUUUUUUCUCUAGUGAUUUGAAACCUACCAUCAUCAACCUUGAUGGAGGGUUCUUCUGGAAGACGCUGGAGAAUGUCAUGUUGGAGUUCACAAAGCACUAUACUCCUCCGAAGGCAAGCGAAGCGGCCUGGGAUGUCAUAUUCGGCCUAUGCGCCCUCUCACAAUUCAAUACGCACGGCUUGUCAACAUCGAGGCCCCGGAUAUCCUCGUCGUGGUCAUUCGUACUCUUCGCUCUCAAACGAGUCAAACUUCAUUUGACAGAGUCAUCACUGGCCUCGCAUAUUCUCAAGUAUCGCGAUCAGUACGUCGCCAUAGUGGUGUCGCGAUGUGCUUUACUUCGGUCGAGGUGGAUGUGGAGGCUUGACGAUGGCUUGCCGAUGCUAAACCAUAUUUUGGCGGUCUUCAAGAGCCGGAAUUUUGCCGACUUGCGGAAGGAGCCAUCGGGAUUUUCGCCUUUCUUCACUCAUGGCGAUCCAGAGCGCCUCGCUAACGAAACGGAGGACGACACCACCUUUACUAUUUUCAUCAAGCUUAUCGUCCAAGCCGCCCGCGAUUCUACUGCUAAUAGAGACAAUCGCACUGUCAAAAAGCUCUUGUCCUUGAUCAUCCCGGGACCAGUGGACACACUCGAUAACGACCUCUCGAAACUCUUCAACCGAUUUAGCGUUCUUUCGGCUGCUGCCUAUAUCGAUACGUCUGAUGCCUACGUCCGAUCCCUUAUUUCGCGGGCCCGGUCCUUUUGCGACUUCAGUCAAGCCGCUGAGAACACUCGUUCCGUUUGUAUCAAAGCGCUGGGGCUUUUGGCGAUACAGGUGCACCAACUUGGUCUUCCCCUGGACGGAGCGUUAGAUUGGGCUGAGGAAAUGACCAAUACUCUCGUCAUUGAGCACUGUCGCGAGACAUCGCACGAAGCGCUGCUAGAGAGCACAUCGGCAGCGCGUUCCAUAUGUCUUUUGCUAUCGUCUAUACGCGCUGUCAUAGAGCGAACCCUUUCGGACGACAGAAGGGCCUAUCCAAAUCCUCGAUUUUUAUGCGGCGGCUGGGUUCGUCGACCCUUGCAAACGUCCACCAACUUGUUCAAGGCUGCCGAUGUCAGUGACCACCUUCGGCGGAUCAUACUCGCGUUUUUCGCCGCACGCUCUCGAGUGAUCCCUGAGAAUGACUCACAAAACAAAGAUCCGGAGAGCCAGGACGAAUUUGGUCAUCUUGAGAUCGACCUCGAGGAUCCGGAAGUGUUGCUUGCUUUAGGAGAUUCUGCGGGGCCCCAGGCAGCUUUUCAAAAGGAAGGGGAGGUCAGCAAGGUCGUCAUAACCAGCAUCCUCCCUGGACUGUAUCGUGUCAUCUGCUCCUUUGCAGAAGAUUCUGACUCUCUUGAAGAGGAAGAAAAGUGGCAGUCCGCCGUCGAAUGGAUUGAUUGUUGGUCACGAUGCGUAACACUGGCCGCAGAGGCCAUCGAGGUUGGCAAAGUGAAUUGGCAGGCGUUUUUCGCGAACGCGACGUACUCGUGGAGCAAGAUCAAAGACGAUCUGUGGAGCCAUCGUUUAUCUCUGCUGUUCAUGAAUGCAAUUUUGCAGCGGAGACCGUGUGUGUUCAAGAUCCAAGCGGACCAAUUUGUUGGAACAUGGAUCGUGUCAUUGGUGGCCGCGUGUGUCACGGUCGAGUGCGACUACACUGUUGUCCUUUUCGCUUCAGGUUCAGAUCAUCCUCUGCUUGAAUAUGUGCGAACCGAAUGCGACGUGGCGAUGUGUACGCACUCCCAAGAUGCGUUCUCGAACCAUCGCCUCGUCUUCAUCAAGGCUAUUCUUGCGGCCAUCGUUCAGGUGGCACAAGCAGAUGGCCGUCACCACUCCGAGAUUUGCUUGCACUUCUUGGGACGUAUGCUCCGGAUGAUGGAGAUUAAUCUCGAGACUCCGAUUCCGGAAUCCAGUUCGAGCACGCCUCCGGAAUAUCGGUUCUUUUGUGCCCAAGUCUACGAUGCGCUUCUAGAUCUUCCGUCGCUUUCCAGCUCCCGUGUGCUGUCGCCACAUAUGCAACGGUUGGGUGAGACUCUCCGGCCGCAACGUGAUGCAGAUAUAGUCAAAUAUUAG